AGUGGUUUUCCUUCCAUCCACAUAAUCCCAAAGAUAAUUUCUAUGAUUCCUUCAACACUGCAUCUCAAUUAGAUACCAGACCGGCUCUUCCCUUGUUGCAUACAUCGUAGUGCUGCUCACUGUGCCACCAUUAUCAAUCACCUCCAUUGCUAAAGGAUAGUCUAAUAUAAUGCUCUUCUCCUAGCUCUCAGCCAUCUCACCUGUGUGUGUUUGUGUGUCUCGGAUCUUAUAUAUUAUAUAUAUAUAUAUACAUAGAUAUAGAGAGAGAGAUGAUCGACAGCAUCAUCAAUUUAAUUUGGUCUCCCAUGAAGGAGUACGUCUAUAAGGAGAGCAAGUAUGUGCUCGCCUGGGAGUCCAACAUGAGUGCAUUAGAGAAAGAGAUGCUGGAACUGAACAGCAAAAUAGAAGAUCUGCAGAGCAAGGUGGAUGCUGCUGACAGGCAAGGCAAGAACCUCACCAGCGAAUCUAAAUCCUUGUUAGACCGGGCAAAGAAGCUACAAGAACAGAGCAAAAAGAUGGAAGAGAGAUGCAAGACCAUGUCUAAAUGUUUGGCAGGUAUCCCACUGGAUGUUUUCUCUGGUUACCAGCUCAGCAAGAAAGCAGAGGACUUGCUUCCUGAGGUUAAGGAGUCGGUCACCAAGAUCAGUACGGUCGUCAACAACGUGGCUCGUGCGGAGUCAAUGCCUCAGCGGUUUCAGGAAAGGCUUGUCAAUCAGGCUCUGGGCGUGGACUCGGUGUUGGAGCAGCUCCAGCGCCAUGUCCAAGACGUGAACGUUCGUGUCGUUGGGGUGUAUGGCAUGGCCGCUGUUGGGAAAACAGUGCUGCUGGGCGAGCUCAACAACCAGCUCCGCGAGAUGGACCUGGAUUGCAUCAUUUGGGUGGACAUGCCUAAGGAUUCUAGUGUGGAUAAAGUCCAAGAUGUUGUUGGACAAUGGCUAGGCAUCACCUGGCAAGACACAACGCCACAAAAGGAACGAGCUCGACUGAUAACCAGGCAGCUUAACAAGUCCAAGUUCAUGUUGAUCCUGGAUGAAGUGUGGAAGCCGCUGGAUCUUGCAAAGGUGGGGAUUCCUAUUCCCAGACGCCCAUCACAGAGCAAAAUCAUACUGGCGACUCGGAUUGAAGGGAUGUGCGGUGAGUUGAACGCGGACGUGACGGUUCGGGUCGAGUGCAUGGAUUGGAAAGAGGCUUGGACGCUGUUUGAGGAGACGGUAGGGAAACAGCUCAUUAAUUCCAACAAAGAGAUCCGCAAGCACGCCAAGCAACUGUUCCUCAAAUGUGGUGGUUUACCCCUGGCGCUGACCAAACUCGGUCGAGCAAUGGCGACCAGGAAGUCGGUGUACGAGUGGCAGCUCGCCCUGACCACCAUAGAUAUAGCACCAUGGGAUCUUCUGGGUAAGGAGAUCUUUUCUGACAUACUGAGGCCUAGUUAUGACAACUUGGCUAAUGAUAAACUAAGAACAUGCCUUCUCUACUGCUCUCUGUACCCGGAAGGGUUCUCCAUAUACAAAGAGUGGAUCAUAGACUACUGCAUCGGUGAAGGGAUCAUAGAUGACAUCUACAUCGACGUGCAAGAGAUUUAUAACAAGGGGCAUGAGUUGCUUGGGAUAUUGAAAGCUGCGUCCUUGCUAGAGGAAGGGGAAGACGAGGAUUCUGUCAAGAUGCACCCUGUGGUUCGUGGCUUGGCUUUGUGGAUAGCCUGUGAUUACGGAGAGAAGCCCAACAAAUGGUUGGUCCGACCACAAGCAGAUCUCCAUGAAGCACCCAUGGCCGAGAAGUGGAAGGCGGCUGAGAGAGUUUCACUGAUGAGGAACAACAUCACUGAGAUUUCUGAGAUUCCCGAGAGUCCCAAUGUCCAGACACUGAUGCUUCAGCACAACAGACGUUUGGUUAAAAUAUGUGAUGGUUUCUUCACGUUCAUGACGAAGCUCCGUGUUUUGGACAUCUCGCACACUGGCAUCACAGAGCUUCCGGCGGGGGUUGGGGUGAUGACAGAGCUGAGAUAUCUGGAUCUUUGUGGCACUGGCAUCAAGCAACUCCCCAGUGAGAUUGGAAAGCUGAAGCAGCUCAGGUUCUUGCUCCUAUCUUACAUGAAACAAUUGGCUGUUUUCCCAACAGAGGUGAUCUCAAACUUGACCAAGCUGCAAGUGUUUUACAUGUAUAACAGCUAUGGGGACUGGAAAGUGGGCUCGAUUGGGAACGGAGUGGAUUUUGAUGAGCUGAAUGCGUUGAAGCAAUUAACAGCAAUGGAAAUCACCAUACAAUCAGUCCAUGCUCUGCAGAGGCUGGCUCAGUCACAUAGACUGGUCACCCGAACGAGCAAAUUGCAUAUUAGAGCUUGCCAAGGUUUGACAACCAUUGACAUGCCUUAUUGCACCAUCCUGGGAAGGGUUAUGAGAAGAUUACGGGAACUUCGAGUUUCUGACUCUGAUGAACUCAAGGAAGUGAUCAUAGUUGAUUGCGAUAGUGAGUAUGGUGAAACUGAUGCUUUGCCAAAACUAGAGAUUCUUGGUCUUUACAGGCUUAGCAAGGCUAAGAUCUUCUGCUAUGGAGGGUGUUUACGCAGCCUUACCCACUUGAACAUUAACGGAUGCGGUGAAAUGGAGCAUUUGAUCUACCUCGGUGAUGAUGAUGAUGAUGAUGAUGAGGUGAGUGAAGAGGAUGAGAAGGAAGAUGGUGAGCAGGUGUCCGGGACUGUGAUUGAUGCCUUUCCCAACCUCAAGAUGCUGUUGCUAAAGAAAAUGCCCAAGUUGAAGAGCCUGAGUGAAGGGAGGAUAACGCUGGCUUUCCCUUCAUUGGAAUAUCUUGGGGUUUUCAAUUGUCCAAAUCUAAAGAAGCUUAAACUGAAAGCGGAGAAACUGAAAAUGGUACUGGGUACGAUGCAAUGGUGGGAUGGAUUGGAAUGGGAAGAUGACAGCAUGAAAUCUUUGCUUCAACCUCUCUUCAGGAAGAAGGCAUUCUUAUGAACAUAUAUGCCUUGGUAUCUAUCUGCAUUCUUGUUGUGUUGUUUCAGAUUGAUCUUGUUCGUCAAUGUUAUCCUAGAGUGAGUGUGAGUAUAUAUGUUAGUGUCCUGAUUAGUAGUGAUUCAAUGUUUGAGAACCUUGUUUAGCUUGUUGUAUAGUUAUAUAUUUAUGUUUAUGUCUUGUUUCGCAACUGUUCGGAGUAAUGCUGAAUCCUGAAGGAAAUAAUUAAAUAAUAAUGAUUCA